GCCAGAACAAGGAACCACAUUUGAGGUUCGCGCUUUGGUUACGGAGUCGACAUCCUACUAUUCCCGGUUCGAACAAAGCCUUUUUGUCUUAUCAAUACUUACCUUUGCGCCGGGGGUCUCGACUGUCAAACGACCCCUCUUCCUCGAACUCACCUGUCCAAAACUCCCCCCAAAAGUGACGAAACCUGGAACCUUAUUCUCACACAAGCUGAGACUUCUUGUCGCUGAAAGAAUAGUUGGUUGCUUCGAGUUCUUUUUUGCGGCGAUGACUGGCAUUCGAUGACCACCGCCAACCACAAUGGCGUCUUCUGGCAACGGCAACCAGGUCCCCAAUAACGGACAGGGCGACCAGAUCCCACUCCGAGACCUGUCCCGGCCUCCCGAUACGGUGAUAGCGGAGCAUACCGGUCGACGACUAGGAAGAGCAAGGAGCGUUGAUAGCGAUGAAGGGUAUGGCUUGGGAAGACCGUCCCUGCUCGGUCUCAGGCCCGGCGUGCGAAGAUAUGAGCGGAUUGCGGAGGACUCUCCGAGUCGAGAGCGCGCGGAUAGUCAGGAUGGAUUCCAAAAUAUCGAUCUAUCUCAAGAUGGCGCCCCUAGCGGCCGUGGAGCGUAUACAAAUAAUCCGAGAUAUUCGAGUGCUUCCGGCGAACAACGAGGAGCGGGAUUGCGCUUUAUCCCAUUUGAGCCGAUUUCUCAAACCCAUUCUCGAUUAGACAGCAUUGGUGGAGGGAACACUGGUGGAUACGGAGAGUCUGACGGUUUGGCUUCGCUGUCUAACAUGGAAGCCGAAUAUUUCAAUGAGAACGCCUCUCCGACCGAACCUGGCGAGACGGAUAGAACGCCUUUGACCGACCGAAGAUAUUUACAACCAAUAAGUGGCACUUCUGAAGGUCAAACCAGUCUGAAUAAGACCUUAACCGGAAAUAGUGGGCAUAGCGUUCGUUUUGAUGAUUCUGUCUCAGGGACACGCCUCGGAGAUGAUUUACCACAUCUUGAGGGUGGGCUGGGCAGAAGGCACAGCAGCUACGAAAGUCCGGCCAGCUCGCGGCUAAGUCUGGGUAGGUCGAUACGCCUCACUCCGACUGGCUCAAGCUCGGCUCUAUCACGUGCAGGGUCAAUGAUGAGGAUGAUGUCUCAGCGUGUGGUCAAUCUCAGUAAUGAACCGGAGCUCGUGGAGCAGACGUUACGGAGAAAGUCCUCGCUGAAGACUGCACGCUUAGAAGGCCCGCCUACCCUUCCAGCUAUGGCGGACUAUGCGCAUGAUAUUCGAGGUAGUCCGGCGAAGACGCAACAUGGGCCCCCAGAAAAGCCGUUUCCCUCAAUACAUGUCAGGCAGCGAACUUCCCAGAUCAAUCCGCUGAGAGGAAAAUCGCUGGGCAUUUUCUCACCAGAGAAUGGGUUACGGAAGGCUUUGUGCGAAGUAUUGAUUCAUCCUGCCACUGAACCAAUCAUCCUGAUACUUAUUGUCAUCCAAACCGUUCUCCUCGCCGUGGAAUCGUCAGUGAAAAAAAGAGCCAUGGUUGGAAAAUGGGGUGACAGCGCUUUUGAUUAUGCCUUCUUAAUUCUUUUCACCAUUUAUACCCUUGAAUUGGCAGCACGGAUAAUAGUCUCCGGUCUCAUCCUCAACCCCGAGGAAUAUAGCACUCUCGAUCGUUCGGAGGGUCUUAGAAAGGCAAUAAUUUCCAAAGGGCGAGACCUGUUCAUGCCUCAACGGCAAUUUUCGAAGAAAAAGCCCCCGAAUCCUGUGAAUAAUCAGAUGUCCAUUUUGAGAUCGUUCACCGGAAUGCAACCCCAGGCAAAUCACGCUGACGAAGCGGCCCAGCAACGCGCUAGACUUGCUCGUCGUGCCUUCUUACGUCACUCGUUCAACCGACUUGACUUUCUUGCCGUGGUCUCUUAUUGGAUAUCGUUCGUGCUAUCUAUUAUGUCGGUUGAGUCAGACCAGCGCUUGUUUGUCUUUCGAAUGCUCAGCAGUCUUCGUAUUCUUCGACUGCUCGCUCUCACUAGUGGCACUACGGUCAUUCUUCGAAGUCUCAAAAAGGCAGCGCCUUUACUCGUGAAUGUGGCCGUCUUUAUUGGCUUCUUUUGGCUUCUAUUUGCUAUAGUUGGGGUUCAGAGUUUCAAAUCUAGCCUUCAACGGAGUUGUGUCUGGGUAGACCCGGAGAAUAUUAGAAAUUUCACGAUGAAUGACGCCCCUGACAAUAUUCAACUUUGUGGGGGAUAUCUUGACAAUAUUACUGGUGAUCCAAUGCCCUGGCUUCUGCCAGAUGGGAGCCGAGGGGCUUCUAAAGCUAAGGGUUAUUUGUGUCCCCAAGGCUCUCGUUGCGUACAAGGUAGCAAUCCCUAUGGUGGGACUGUCAGCUUUGAUAACGUGGCCAACUCCCUAGAACUCGUCUUCGUCGUGAUGAGCUCAAACACGUUCACUGAUCUUCUUUACUAUACAACCGACAGUGACUACCUCGUUGCUUCGGUUUUUUUCAUUGCAUCUUUCGUCGUGUUGAGUCUGUGGCUCGUCAACCUUCUGAUUGCAGUCAUAACUUCAUCCUUCCAGGUUAUACGAGAAGAAAGCAAACAGAGUGCCUUUACGACCGAUAACAUAGAUGAUGUUCAACAAGAGGAGAAGGCCCCUGCGCGCGUUAGUGCAUUAAAACGGAUGUAUAACAAGACAUAUUGGCUUUGGAUAUUUUUGAUAACUUUCGAUCUUAUCGUUCAGGGAAUGAGAAGUUCGUCGAUGGGACCAGAUCGCAAGGCAUUUAUUUACACUACGGAGCUUGCAGUAACAGUCCUCCUUCUCUUUGAAAUAUUCUUUCGGUUUGCAUCGGACUGGAGGAAUUUCUUUAGAAGCUCUCGGAACUGGUUUGACCUCGCCUUGGCAGUGAUCACGGCUAUUAUCCAACUUCCACCUAUUCACAAUUCUGGCCGCGUCUAUGCAGCCUUGACCAUUUUCCAAAUUCUCAGGAUCUAUCGCGUGGUCCUUGCAUUCUCCUUAACUCGGUCCCUCAUUAUGACUGUCUUCGGAAACGUUAUUGGAUUGCUGAAUCUCAUCCUGUUCGUGUUUCUGAUCACCUUCCUAACCUCGAUUUUCGCCGUGCAGCUGUUUCGCGACCAAAUUCCAAAGGAAAAGGACGGCGAAGUAACCCCAGUGUCGUUCUUUAGUAUAUACAACUCCUUCUUGGGAAUGUACCAAAUACUAUCAAGCGAGGAUUGGACAUCGAUUUUGUACUCAGCGACAGAAUCAAGUGCCCCUUGGAAAACCUCAUGGAUCUCUGCGGCAUUUUUCAUAAUGUGGUUCAUUCUCGCAAACCUCGUUGUCUUGAACAUGUUUAUUGCUGUCAUCCAAGAGAGUUUUGAUGUUUCCGAGGAUGAAAAGAGACUUCACCAAGUUAAAGCAUUUUUGCAGCAGAAGCAACUAAGUGGCUCUUCUCAAGGGAAUCUUGCAAUAUCCUCCAUCUUCAAACUUGGCCGUGACCAACAAAGAUACCGUGACCCUCUUGACCAUGGACCCGCCGCCCUAGAGAUGCUUCUUAAAGAUGCCGUUGUUCACGAAUUUCUGGAUGAGCCCGCACCUUUACGGAUGGACAGUCAACACCCAGAACUAUCCACAGACCCUGCUCAACCCGGAGCAUUUUCAAGUUGGUUUACCAAGCUCAAAGGUCGGGUAUUGAAUCGGGAACCGAACCCCUUUUACUCGAAGUUGAAAAUCUCCAGGGAUUAUGAUGAGCUCGAUCCGACGGCGAUGGCUAAAGAAGUGCUUUCGGCAUCAGAGCAACGAAAACAAGCCCAACGGCAGUACUUACAAAGGUAUCCGAGAUAUAAUGUCUCUCUCUUCAUUUUCCCUCCAACUCAUCCGAUGCGGCGUCUAUGCCAACGAAUUGUAGGACCUGGACGGGGCAACACGCGAAUCGAAGGCGUGGAUCCCUACAAGCCGGUCUGGUACACUUUUUCUGCCUUCAUUUACGCUGCAAUUGUCGCGAUGGUCUUGCUGGCCUGUAUUGCCACUCCUUUGUACCAGCGGACUUACUUUGAAACACAUCGCUAUGCAGUCAAAAAUUGGUUUGUGUGGACAGAUAUCGGUUUCGCCAUCCUUUUCACCGUCGAAGCACUUAUCAAAGUAGUUGCCGAUGGUUUCUUCUGGACACCUAAUGCCUACUUUAGAGGCUCGUGGGGAUUCAUCGAUGGACUUGUGCUGAUAACACUUUGGAUUAAUGUGGCUGCUUCUCUGCUUCAGAACGGAGACGUGUCCCGUGUAGUUGGGGCAUUUCGAGCUUUGAGGGCCCUGAGGUUACUUAACGUCAGCGACAGUGCGAGAGAAACCUUCCACUCAGUUAUCAUUCUUGGCGGGUGGAAAGUUAUAUCGGCGGCGUUUGUCUCAAUGGGCUUCCUCGUCCCAUUCGCUAUCUAUGGGUUGAACCUGUUCAAUAACCAGAUGAAAAGGUGCAACGAUGAUGAUUUCGGAUACAGCUCCCUUGCAUAUUGCGUUGGGGAAUAUAAAUCUUCUCCAUUCGCCUGGGAUGUCUUAGCUCCUCGAGUUGUUGAGAACCCUUUCUAUAGCUUUGAUACGUUUGGCGAUUCCUUGUUCAUUCUCUUCCAGAUUGUCUCUCAGGAAGGCUGGACGGAUGUGUUAUGGAGCGCUAUGAGCAUCACAGGUGUUGGACAACAACCUCAGCCAUUCGCCUCUCAGGCCAACGGAUUGUUUUUCGUGGCCUUCAACCUUUUGGGUGCCGUCUUCGUCUUGACACUUUUCGUCUCUGUCUUCAUGCGAAAUUACACUGAACAGACGGGAGUGGCUUUCUUGACUGCUGAGCAGCGAUCAUGGCUCGAACUCCGCAAACUGUUAAGGCAAAUAUCGCCGUCCAAGAGGUCGACGAGCAAGAAAAACAGCAAGUUUAAGGCAUGGUCCUACAGAAUAGCCGUGAAGAAGCAUGGAGUUUGGGCCAAGUUCAUAACCACUUUACUUCUCAUUCAUUUGGGACUGCUAGUCCUAGAGUUCCAUCCGACAGUGGGAUGGUGGGACCGAACCAGAGAUAUUAUUUUCUUCGUCUUGACGUUAUUCUACAUCGCCAAUAUAGCCAUUCGUCUAAUUGGCCUAACGUGGUCGCGGUUUCGCCGAAGCUCCUGGGACUUAUAUUCAGUAUUGGCAGUGUCGGGAACCUUUGUCACUACGCUUCUAUCCCUCAUCGGCCACGAAAACCGCGCUUUUAUGCAACUUCACAAGCUUUUCUUAGUAUCAAUAGCUCUACUCCUUAUCCCACGAAACAAUCAGCUAGAUCAGCUUUUCAAGACAGCAGCUGCUAGUUUGACGGCUAUUUCUAAUUUAUUGGCUACUUGGUUCGUCUUGUUUCUCGUCUAUGCCAUUGCCCUGACGCAGAUAUUCGGACUCACAAAAUUCGGCGAUGGAGAAAAUAACAAUAUCAAUUUCAGAACUGUUCCCAAGGCUUUGAUUCUUCUCUUCCGAAUGAGUUGUGGAGAGGGCUGGAACCAAGUCAUGGAAGAUUUUGCGACCAUGGAUUUUCCUUAUUGCACUUCUGAGGAUGAGUUCUUUCAGAGUGACUGCGGAAGUGCGGCCGGUGCUCGCACCCUUUUUAUUUCAUGGAACAUUCUCAGCAUGUAUAUUUUUGUCUCUCUUUUUGUAUCACUUAUUUUCGAAAGCUUUUCAUAUGUAUACCAGCGAAGCAGUGGCCUAUACGCCAUCAGUCGAGAAGAAAUCCGUCGCUACAAGCAGGCGUGGGCAACGUUCGAUCCAGACGGGACAGGCUAUAUUUCCAAGCAACAAUUCCCCAGACUUCUUGGUGAACUUUCUGGGGUGUUCGAAAUGCGUAUCUACGAUGGAGAUUUCACGGUCGGGCGCCUUCUCGAGGAAUGCAAGUUGAGCCGCCGUGAAUCUCAGCAACCACAUGUUCGUGCUGUAGACGGCGUGGAUCUAGACAAGUUGUGUCGAAUAAUUGAAAGCCUCCCCGUGGGAGCAAUCCGUCGAAGACGCGCCCGAUUGAAUGCAUUUUACGAGGAAGUUCUUGUUUCUGCAGAUCCGGAGCGAGGAAUCUCUUUUACCUCGUGUCUGAUGAUACUAGCUCAUUAUAACGUCAUUAAUGAUAGCAAGAGCUUAAGAUUGGAAGAGUUCCUUAGGAGACGCGCCCGUCUGCAACGCGUCGACGAAGCAGUACGUCGAAAUGUUGUCGUCGGAUUCUUUAAUACCUUAUACUGGUCUCGUCGAUUCCGCCGAUAUCAAGAACUUAAGCACGACUCUCGACUGGUAGAUGUGCCACAAUUUUCUGUCCCAGAGAUCUAUGUCGAAGACGAUGGCCAAGAGGACGGGGCUUCAGAGGGCCAGCAAAGUGGGCCACCGUCUCCAUCCAUGCUUUCGCCAACAAGUGAUCGGUCCGGAGCGUCGCACCGCAGCUCCCGAACGCUACCACGCAUUGAUACAACAAUAGCCACCGAAGAUCCAUUCUUCUCACCUACGCAGUCAGAAUGGUCCCAGAUCGGUUCACUAUCGCCUCAUCGAACUACUCUUAGCGAUAGAGAUACGGGACAAACGGAUGACACUACUGGACGCUCCCGCGCUGGCAGUUCAGUUAGCGUUCAGGGUGUGAUGGACUCUUUUGACAAUUCCGUGUGGGGUGAGAGCAUUAGGCGAAGUUUUACCCAGCGCCGCUCGCAGGGCAACUGAAGCCGGAAACUAAUGGCGGAACCUUUGGUUCCCAGCCUUUCCCUUUUUUUUUUUUUCUCUCUCUUAAUGUGGAUUUUCAGUGGGGAAAUUUUCAUCAAUGGAUAGAUACCCAUGUAUUAUAUACAUUUAUUUGACGCGAACACGAUAGACAUGAUGGUGGGGAUGGCCGUGUUUGGAGGUUAUCUAAUGAUGGGACAGAGGUCAAUUAUGUUCUCUUCUGAGGGAUGAUUCUGUGAACAGGUUUGCAGCAAUGUGGUCCCCGUCCGUUGCACAACAACUUUCCAUUUAAAGUAAACCCCCUAGACCGACAGGCAAGCUCAAAAUUUCCUUGAUGUUACACACUUUUCUACUUCUGUUUGUAUAUUCCCUUGUUAAAUAGUACCUUUCAAUUUCACUUUUUUGCAUAUGUUG